AUGGCAGAAGAUUCUGAAAAGGGAGAGGAUACAGUAAAAAGUGCUGAGCAAGAAGGAAAGGAAGAUGAACGAGAAAAGAGAGAAAAUCCUCCACAAGCAGAGCUAAAAGAGCCAGCAAAUGCGAAAGAUGAACCAAAAGAAACGAAAAAAGAUAAUGAAGAAUCUGAACAGAAACAGAUAGAACAUACCCAACCAAGUUGUCCCAAAGAACCGAAGAAGGCUAAAUCGAUGUCCAAAGAAGCGCAGCGCCUGCGAAAUGUCUUUGCUCGUCCUUCUGGUGCUGAGCCAAGACAUCCUAUAUUUUCAAGUGUGUUUUGUAGACACAUUAGUACAGAAGCUUUCGGACCAAGGAAGCCGAAAUGGUUUAAAGCUCUUACUACAGCUGAACUUUAUCUUUUCAAAGACAUUAUGAGUUAUGUAGAAGUUGGGCGCGAAAGCGUGUUUCGGUUCGAUGACUUCUUGGAAGCCCUUCAAGAUUUUGACUCUUCCAUAACUCGAGAAGAAGUAGUAGAUGUUCUCGACAGCAUGGAAAAGAAUGAAUUUGAAGAACUGGAUUUUGGAAAAUUCCUCUUCCUUUUAGCUUACAGGGACCGGCAGGCUGAUCCUGAUAAUGCAGAUGAUGUCGAGAAAAAACUUUCUUCUCGAAUCGUAACACAACGACAAAGUCUGAUCCUUUCUGCCAUUGCUUACUUCGUACUGAUAGCUAGUCCAGAGGAGAUAGAACGAUAUUACAUACAGAACACACGUCGCAAGAGUACAGUUCUUCAUCGACAUUUAGAAGCGACAAGACUUCAAGGGCUAACCGACAGACAAAUGGAAGUCAAGCAACGGAAGGCAAGAGCAGAAUUGCUCCCACUUUUUGCUGCGACUGGUUCCCCUUAUGCUGCUCCAGUACCAUUCGUGCCUCGUUUUAGAAAAACGAAAAUUUACAAAGAAAUGACGAAACGCAAACUUACUUCACCUAAGUCAGCUAUGCCAUUCGCAAAAAAGCCAAUUGUUCGACCAAUAAAGCCUAUAAAAAUGAAACGUGAAUUCGGAGAUAAAAUUGGCAAUAAAACAGAAGAAGAUGAAAUUUAUGAUCAGAUGAACUACGGAAGAAUACCCAUGCCACAGAUGAAAAUGCCAGCAAAACUUCUUAAAGAAAUGAGGACGAAAUGUACAGUUGAACUAAAAGAUUAUAUAACUGAGAAGGCUUAUGAAGCAGUUAAAGAAUAUAAAGAGCGCUUGAGACGAGCGACUGUCCUGUAUGGUAGAAGAAACCUGCUAAGAAUUUUGCGCCAGAAGUUUCCCACUAAAGCCGAAGAGGAUGCAUUUAUCGAACUUUUUGAAAGAUAUUUCCCGCUUGAAAUAGAGGAUGUGAAAGACUUUUCUCUGUGGGUGCGUCCAGCUGGAUUUAGAGUCUGUCAUACUGGAAAACCCCUUUAUCCUGAUAAGUUUGCUUUCGGUACAAAAAUUCCUUAAUCAAGCAUGAGAAUAUGCAAAAACAACAGUUCUCAAUAUUAUAUCUCUUUAAACGAGUUAAAAAUAUAAAUUUUAUAAUAAUUUCAACUAGGUUUGUUAUAUAUACCAAAUAAAUAUUUG